AUGGCGGGUCUCAUCGCCGCGAAGGUCGCAUCUCUCGCGCUGCUCUUCGCAGCUCCGAUCGUCCAGGCUUCUCUGCCUGACGCUCGCUCCUGCGCCUCGUGCUGGGAGACCGCCACCAACCAGGCCGUCACCCCGAUCUGCAUCGGCAUGAACGAGAAUGACGCCGCCGCUUGUCUCUGCGAGCAGCACAACCGUCAGACUUUCAACAUUUGCAACACUCAUUGCAAGGCCUUUCCUCAGAAGAUGCCCAAGAACGUCUGCCGCAAGGUCGCUGCUCGUGCCGACGAUGGCACCACCAAGCGCGACGCUCAAGGCGAGUCCAUCAUCCCGUGGCAGGAAGAGGACGAUGACGACGACAAGCACAAGAAGCGUCAGUGCGUCGGAUUCCUCCCAGGCCUCCCGUGCCACAAGCCCCAUUCGUCAACCACGACAACCUCUGCUCUGACUACUUCGACCCCCGACAGCCAGCCCGAGAAGCGUCAAUGUCAUCCAAUGCCAGGCGGUCCCUGCGAUAAGCCGAACUCCUCGACGACCACUCCACAGCCUGCACCAUCCCCCGACAACAAGGUCAAGAAGUCUCCGCCGGGCCCUGACUGCGUUCCUUUCCCAGGCGCUGCCUGCGAUAAGCCGAACUCCUCGACGACCACUUCUAAGCCUGCAGCAACCCCUGACAACAAGGCCGAGAAGCGUCAGCCUGACAGAUGCAAUCUGAUGCCAGGUGGUCCCUGCAACACGAAUGCUGAUCAGUAG